GUUACACACUCUGAGUAUCUAUCCGACACCAGUGAGGGAGUGUUGUUUUCCUAAAAUAGAGAAGUCAAGGAGUGUAUAAAAAGGGUGGCAUUUCCUCCUGUGGUUUACUCUGCUUCCUUUGGACAUCUGACCUUAAGCAAUAUAAUUUUCUGCACUUAUCUCACAGAACACAAAGCUGCAAAAUGGCUAUGAAAGAUAUUCUCAGUGAAGCAAACAUCGCCAAGGCUAUUGAUUCCGUUAAGCAAGUGGAUAGCUUUGACUACAAGAAGUUUUUUGAGGUGGCUGGCAUAAAAGGACAAAGUCAGGACAAUGUUCACAAGAUCUUCCAUAUCCUGGAUAAGGAUAAGAGUGGAUUCAUUGAAGAGGAAGAACUCAGAGAUUUUCUGAAGUGUUUUGUGGCAGACAGUAGAGUUCUGAGUGACAAGGAGACCAAAGAGUUCCUCAAGGCAGGGGACAAAGAUAACGAUGGUAAAAUUAGUGGCGAUGAGUUUGUAUCCAUGGUGACUGCAUUAUAAAGGCUGUGACCAAUGCAUAGAUGUCCUCUUUCUCCUCUGGGCUGACUGAUUUCUACCUUCUCAGUUUAUUUAUUUCUACUGUUUUAUACUCUGAAUAAAACUGUCAUUCUACAAGUGUGUCAUGGAUGCUGUACAGAAAAUAAAGGUCAAAAGAAUCUGGUCACCAUA